CGGUCGGGUCGUUGAUAGUUCCAGAAAUUUCUACUUGAACGCGAACGUAAAACCACGUUUUAAAGAUUUAAAUAUAUAAUUUUUUUUAAUAAAACAUAAAAAUGUCUGCAUUCAAAAGAUUAGUUCCUCUUUUCGACAGGAUUCUAAUUAAAAAAUUCGAGGCAACUACAAAAACGAAAGGUGGUAUUGUGAUACCAGAAAAAGCACAAGAUAAAGUCCUACAAGGAACUGUAGUCGCAGUUGGACAAGGAUCUAGAUUACAGGAUGGUACUUUCGCGCCUCCCUCUGUUAAAGUAGGUGAUAAAGUACUUCUUCCAGAAUACGGCGGCACGAAAGUGAAUCUAGAAGAUAAUGCGGAAUAUCAGUUAUUCAGAGAAUCUGAUAUUUUAGCUAAAAUAGAUUCGUAAAUUUUGCAUUUACUUUUAAUUUAAGCGUUAAUAAGUCUGAACUAUGUAGGUUUAUACACGUUGAUCUGAUGCCUGCAAAAUUUCGGACAUUAGAAUAAAAAACAUUGCAACAACUUGUUCAUUAUGUUAUUGUUGUGAUUGUUUUCAUGUAAUUUGUUUGUAGUCGAUACCUUCUUUGAUUUAAGUUUGUUACAAAAAUAUAUUUGUAUUAAAAAUUA